AUGGCCUCGCACGAGAACAGUCAUGCGUCGCCCACCGUGAACCCUCACAGUUUCUUGGGCAUGCCGUCAGAGAUUCAAAAGGACAUCGUCAAGCACUGUUGCCAGCCAGACCUCAUCUGUCUCGCCCUUGUCUCCAAACACUGCCGAGAACUUGCCGCUUCCCAGCUGUAUCGCCAGUUCCACAUCGUUUUCCCGGAUGAGGAUGACCCGUCAUUCGACUCCCCCAUUGAUGGUCUGGCCGCCGGGCUGGAUACCUUCGUGACCAGCAAUUACGACUAUGCGCAACAUCUCAGAGAUCUUUCACUCGACACCCUUAGCGCCGGUAGCAAGGGGGAAGCCGCUUAUAAGCCCUACCUGUUGCAGAAUAGCUGCGGCAAGUUUAUGAACACUCUUCUGCUCCUCGCUCUGCGCAAAGCAAAUAAGCUCGAGACUUUCAAGUGGAAUAUCCGCGUCGAGCUGAGCCGUCCUGUAUACGCCGUGCUACAUGACAUCCGAACCAUCGCCCACGUACACAUACGCAUGCAGGCAGGCCCUUCUUUGUAUGAAAAGCCGCCUCCGCUCCCUCAUGCUAUUCACCCACCGCCGUCCAGUACUCCCGGCCUGCCGCCGGUACACUGGAUGCCUCAAGGCACUCAUCCGCCCCCGGUUCCUCCGCAGCAGGGUAUGGACUUUGACUUACAGAUAACGACCGCUAAUUCGAACUUUGUAAACGCUCAUCCUGUCUAUCUUGUUCAUAACUCACAGCCCCCUCAUCCACAUGCUUUCGCUCAACAACAUCCUCAUCUACAGGCCUUUCCCCAGCAGCCUCCCCAUCAUCAUCAUCAGCCUCCCGCUCCCAAGCCCCCCUCCAAACCAAAAGCGCAGAAGCGAUCUCAGGUCCUCACAGAACCUCCAACCUUAUCAGGAUUCAGAAACCUCAAGAGCCUCGCCGUUCUCGAUAUCGAUAAUCUAGAUAUUGUGACAGAAAUCAAGUCCUGUGUUAGGAACUCGGCCGGGACUUUGACCAAGCUGAAACUGUCUUUUUCACAUCUCCUCGCAUCACAGGCUCGGAAGCCACCGGCUCCCGAAGUCGUUACGGACGAUAGUGAUGAGGAGGAAUCCGUCUGGUCCACUCCUGGCUCGAGCCCGAGUCCGCAAUCGAGUAAUGCGGUCGAGAGCACCGGAGCGAAGGCACAGCGGGCGCAGGAGGAGAAAAAGACACAGGAGUCCGUUUUGGGGCGCAUCUUCGAUGUCGAGCACUUUGUUGUUAAGAAACCACAGAAGGACGUCAAGGCAAAAGAAAAGAUAUCAGCGGAGGCAGUGAACGCGGAUCCUGGCCAAAGAUUCAUCCAACAUGUGAUGAAAGCGGCAGAGCUUUUGAUGAUGGAGAAGGAUGACUUACGACGCGAGGCUCUUGAUAUCAUCGAAACUGCCGCCAGUACUUAUGUCACUUCGCUAAAGACAAAGCAGCCUGGCGCUACGUCUGCGAGUUCCGAAUCUCAGUCUGCUCAGACCAAGGUCGAGGCAAAAGGCGGAUCGAGCACAGCGGAAUUGGGAACUGGUCCCAUGAAUUCUUCUGUCCCUGCCAGAAACAAGAAAACAGAUGAUGAAUUCACCCCGGAAGACAUCAACAUUGAAGAGCCUGAGGGAGAACUCGAACUCGAACCGGGAUCCCCAGGUCCCAAAAUAGAGGACACAGAGACUGUACUAGAGUUAUCACCUUCGCAAACUCUGUCGUCGUUGGUAGCAGGCGGCCUUGACCCCGCUUCUGUCAAGAAGGCCGUGGCCAACUUGGUAGCACAAAAGGUUAACUAUCAGACUUUGAUCAAGAAACUUGAGAUGAAUGAGGCACGAGCUAACGACAUUCGCAAGGAAACCGAAGAACUGCGCGAGCAAGAUGGGCCUGUCGAUUGCAAACGCAUCGCUAAAACCGAGAAAGAGAUUACAAAGCUAAGCAACGGAAUCGAACUAGUUAGGAGCGAACUCAACGUGGUCGAGGCUGAGGUAGCCGAUUCGCAAAAGGAAAUUUAUGGUCUUCGCAAUUCGGAUACCGCUGAGUCCCAGCAUCAGCGGCGGAGUGAAUAUACGAGAGCUACUCGUGGAUUGCCUCUUGAGUCACUCAGCAUCUAUCUGAUUCCGGCAAAGGCGUCGUUCUUCUCCAAGGCCAUUGAUAUUCGGAUGCUUACUCGCAUCACUCUCCUUAACGUUGGGCCACAAGCACCAAUUUGGGCUUACUUCAAGAGCCAGAAUGAGGAAAACCCCCUCCCGCUUUGCAAAAUCUUCACCGACAACGUCACGACAACUUUCUUGCAAUUUGUUUCCCAACUGAAUCAGGUAACCGAGCUGUUCUUGCUCGAGAGAGAAGCUAAAUACAAGCCCGAGAGCUUCGCUUCCAAGACCCAAACCACCAUUGACGAUAUUCGGCGAUUGGCCCUCACAAAGCACAUGGCUAGUCUGCGGAGGCUCAUGAUCAAGAACUUGGCCAGUGCGGCGUGGGAUGUGAACACCAAAACCAUCAUGCUAUUGUGCAAGCGUGGCAAGAAUGUCGAGGAGCUUGCCUGCAACAUGAGUAUGCGGUGUUUGCAUGUCUUCAACCAGAACGCGCGCUUGCUCGGGAACCUUCGCGCUCUUCACAUACCUAUCCUCCGUUGCGAUGACCCGUGUCCCUCUCUACCGAUAGAGGGCAAGAAAUUUCUGAUCGAUAACCUCUCGCAGUUUCCCUUGACGAAGCUAGAAUGGAUUUCCAUUAAUGAUGGCGACUGCGUGGAUCAUGUCAAGUUCAACAAGCCGCAAUCGGUGGAAGAGAGGAAGAGAAGAAUGACGGCCAAAGAGGCCAAGGGCAAGUCAAAGGCCACGGUGGUUACCGCCAGUAAUGGAACAUCAAGCAAUACAACCCAAUACCCGAACUUUUCUCCCCCGGAAACCUGGGAUGAUGAGAGUAGUACCGACGAGUGGCAUGGAGAUGACGAGUUGACAUCUUCGUCGAGCAACUUCCUGGUGCAGUUGGGGACUAUGCGCUUCUACGAUGUGUGGGGGGUGAGGAUCUUCAAGAAGGAGGUUUUCAGUGGCCGUCUUUGAGUUCCAAACAUGACGCGCAAUUAUUUUACUUGACGCCAGCGGAAUCGGGGAAUAUGAUAAUGAGGGAAAUGAAGGAAUGAUGAAUAGCGAUUAGUAUUUUUACUUUCUGAUUUCG